AUGCCUAACGGUCACCGCGCUAAAGAAUUACUUCAUAUGUUCAAGCCACUCAACAUCUCUCAGCUUUGCUUUGCAAGUUUCGUUGUCCCGUUUUUCCCCAAACAAUACUCUACCCAUACACACACCGUUGCCAAACCCUUGACUACUUCUGUGAAAAGAACAUUCUCCCACAUAUACCAACAAUGUUCAGAUCGAAAGGACCUUCGUCAUGGAAAAGAAGCGCAUGCUCAUAUGAUUGUAUCUGGGUUCGAACCCACUGUCUUCGUUACGAAUUGUUUAAUCCAAAUGUACUUAAAGUGUUCCAACAUGGAGUAUGCUCACAGAGUGUUCGAUAGAAUGCCUCAAGGAGACACGGUUUCUUGGAACGCUAUGAUUUUCGGGUAUGCAGGUAUCGGGCUAUUAAAUAUUGCUCAAGAGAUGUUUGAUUUAAUGCCCGAGAGAGAUGUGGUUUCGUGGAAUACAUUAAUUUCAGGGUACUUACAUAAUGGAAGUUAUUGGAAAUCCCUUGAAAUUUUCACGCGUAUCCGAAGGGAGGGUGUGGGGUUGGAUGCGACUACAUUUGCUGUGGUUCUGAAGGCCAGUUUGGGUUUGGAGGAUUAUAGUUUAGGUGUUCAGAUUCAUGGACUUUUAAUUCGUACGGGAUUUGUUCAUGAUGUGGUGGCUGCAAGUGCAACUGUAGAUAUGUAUGCAAAAUGUAAGAAACUGAAGGAAUCCAUAACCUUUUUCGAAGAAAUGCCUGUGAAAAAUUGGGUUUCAUGGAGUGCUUUGAUUGCUGGUUGUGUUCAAAACGAUGAGUUUUUAAGUGGCUUAAAACUAUUCAAGAAUAUGCAAAAAGAAGGAUUAGGAAUUAGCCAAUCAACUUAUGCAAGCCUUUUCAGAUCAUGUGCAUGCUUAUCUGCUUUACAGUUUGGUUCUCAAUUGCAUGCUCAUUCAUUAAAGAUGGACUUUGGUUCUGAUACCAUAGUAGGAACUGCAACUUUAGACAUGUAUGCAAAAUGUGGCCAAUUAUCUGAUUCCAAAAAACUAUUUCACACCUUAUCAACCCAUAAUUUACAAUCAUACAACGCGAUUAUCACAGGUUGUGUUCGUGUUAAUCAAGGAUUUGAAGCAUUGCAGCUGUUUCAUACUCUGAGAAACACUGAUCUUGGUUUUGAUGACAUUAGUUUAUCUGGUGCUUUUAGCGCAUGUGCUGUAAUCAAAGCGUAUACUUUCGGACUACAAUUACACGGGUUAACAAUCAAAAGCAAGUUCCUAUCAAACGUUUGUGUACAAAAUGCGAUUCUUGACAUGUAUGGAAAGUGUGGAGCUUUAGCUGAUGCACGCCAAGUGUUUGAUGAAAUGCCAACACGAGAUGCAGUCUCAUGGAACACAAUCAUUGCUGCUUAUGAACAAAACGGAAACGUACAUGAAACUCUUCAACUUCUUGUUCAAAUGCUAAGUUCACGUUUUGAACCCGAUGAAUUCACUUUUGGUAGUGUCUUAAAAGGUUGUUCUAGUCUGAAAACUUUAAACCAUGGAAUGGAAGUUCAUUGUAGAAUUGUAAAAUCAGGAAUGAGUUUUGAAUCUUUUGUUGGAAGUGCUCUAGUGGACAUGUAUUCCAAAUGUGGAAACAUUGAAGAUGCAAAGAAACUCCAUGAAAGAAUGGAAGAACAAACUAUGGUGUCAUGGAAUGCAAUAAUUUCAGGGUUCUCAACACAAGAACAAAGCGAAGAAUCCCAAAGAUUCUUUUCAAAAAUGUUGGAAUCGGGAACCAAACCUGACAACUUCACAUUCGCGACAGUUCUCGACACGUGUGCGAAUCUUGCAACCAUCAAUCUAGGAACACAAAUACACGCACAAAUCAUCAAACAAGAAAUGCAAUCCGAUGUGUUCAUUUCAAGCACUCUUGUGGACAUGUACUCAAAAUGUGGCAACAUGCAAGAUUCAAGGUUGAUGUUUGAGAAAACCCUAAAUAAAGAUUUUGUCACAUGGAACGCGAUGAUUUGUGGGUAUUCUCAACACGGGCUUGGAGAGGAAGCUUUAAGUGUUUUCGAGUCAAUGAAAGUCAACAAUGUGAAGCCAAACCAUGCGACUUUUGUUUCGGUUCUUCGUGCGUGUGCUCAUGUGGGGUUAGUUGAAAAGGGGUUGAGUUACUUUAACUCGAUGGCUACUAACUACGGUUUGGAACCUCAGUUAGAACAUUACUCAUGUAUGGUUGAUAUAUUGGGGAGGGCGGGGAAAGUGAAGGAGGCGUUGAAGGUUAUAAAUGAUAUGCCUAUGGAGGCGGAUGAUGUUAUUUGGAGGACUUUACUUGGAAUUUGUAAGUUACAAAGGAAUGUGGAGGUGGGUGAGUUGGCGGCGAGUUGGCUUGUGAAGUGGGACCCGCAAGAUUCGAGUGCGUAUGUACUUUUAGGGAAUAUUUAUGCGGAUGUUGGGAUGUGGGAAGAGGUGUCGAAGGUAAGGAAAAAGAUGAGGUGUGGUGGAUUAAAGAAAGAACCGGGGUGUAGUUGGAUUGAGGUGAAGUCGGAGUUGCAUAUGUUUGUUAUUGGGGAUAAUGCUCAUCCUAGAUGUAAACAGAUUUAUGAGAAGUUGGAUGGUUUAAUAAGCGAGAUGAGAUGGUUAGAUGAUGAUGAUCCCUUUGAGGGGUGGAUGGGAGUAUAA